AUGAUGAUGCAACGCUGGGAGCCUGGCAUUGAGCCUACACAUUGGUGGCAGGUUCCAAAUCACCAUGAUCAUGUAGGAAAUGCAAUGUCAGCGGAUGCCAGCAAUGUUUCAACUCCCCCUUCAAUGCCAGCUCUAAAAAAGGAAUCACCAAUAUGGGAAGCAUCCCCUCAGGGUUGGCUGGAAAAUAUCGCAGAGCCCACUCCUUCGGGCCCAGACACUGCUCUGUCCCCUGCACUGUUGCGGUCAGCUUCCCGAAAGCGGGCCAAGAGAGCAUUACGAAAUCCGCAAAAGCAAGUUGCAUGGCUCCAUUGGCACCGCAAUGUAAUACACAAAGCAGUGGAAAUCUAUCUAGGUCUAGAGGCAAAGAAGGCAGGACAUGUGCCCCUUGCCACCCCCAGCGAGACGUUGUAUGAUAGAAACGGAAAACUGCAAACACCAGCAGCAUCGCUGUGCUCCCACUGCAAUACAUCUUUCCAGUUUCAUUCACUCAUGAUGAUCGCAUUCUCAGCAUCAUCCAGUCUGGCUACUUUCCAGGGUCACCUGUAA